GUCCGUCCGUCCGAGCGGGGUCCCCGCGCGGCCGCCAUGACCUGGAGCGCCGCGGCGCGGGGCGCCCACCAGCCCGACAACACCGCCUUCACGCAGCAGCGCCUCCCCGCCUGGCAGCCGCUGCUGUCGGCCGGCAUCGCGCUGCCGCUCUUCUUCUGCGCCGGCCUGGCCUUCAUCGGCCUGGGCCUGGGCCUCUACUACUCGUCCAACGGCAUCACGGAGCUCGAGUACGACUACACCGGCAACCCGGGCACCGGCAACUGCUCGGUGUGCGCCGAGGCCGGCCAGGGCCGCGCGCCGCCGCCCACCUGCUCGUGCGCCUGGUACUUCUCGCUGCCCGAGCUCUUCCAGGGCCCCGUGUACCUCUACUACGAGCUCACCAACUUCUACCAGAACAACCGGCGCUACGGCGUGUCCCGCGACGACGAGCAGCUGAGCGGGCUGCCCAGCGCGCUGCGCCAGCCGGCCAACGAGUGCGCCCCCUACCAGUUCAGCGCCGCCGGCCUGCCCAUCGCGCCCUGCGGCGCCAUCGCCAACAGCCUCUUCAACGACUCCUUCUCGCUGUGGCACCAGCGCCAGCCCGACGGGCCCUACGUCGAGGUGCCGCUCGACCGCACCGGGAUCGCCUGGUGGACCGACUACCACGUGAAGUUCCGCAACCCGCCGCUGGUGAACGGCAGCCUGGCGCUGGCCUUCCAGGGCACCGCGCCCCCGCCCAACUGGCCCCGGCCGGUCUACGAGCUCAGCUCCGACCCCAACAACACCGGCUUCACCAACCAGGACUUCGUGGUGUGGAUGCGCACGGCGGCGCUGCCCACGUUCCGCAAGCUGUACGCGCGCAUCCGCCAGGGCAACUACACGGCCGGGCUGCCGCGGGGCGCCUACCGCGUCAGCAUCACCUACAACUACCCGGUGCGCUCCUUCGACGGCCACAAGCGCCUCAUCUUCAGCAGCAUCUCGUGGAUGGGCGGCAAGAACCCCUUCCUGGGCAUCGCCUACCUGGUCGUCGGCUCCCUCUGCAUCCUCACGGGCUUUGUCAUGCUGGUCGUCUACAUUCGCUACCAGGACCAGAACGACGAGGACGAGGACGAACAGUGAUUCCUGCUUUCAAAGCACCCUUCCUGCUUCUUGGCAAAACUCGCUUGCAAGUUUCUUUUGGCUUCUCCCCCUCACCCCUCACACAAUUCCAGCAUGGCCUCACUUUUCCUCCUGCUGUGGAUGAGAGGACGAGGGAGAGGAAUUACACCCAAUUGGAGGCUACCAGACUCUUGCUGGGGUGUUGGACUGCAGAGAGAGACAUCCUUGCAAAUUCUCCCCAUCUCCUUCACGAUUUACCCAGUUGACAUGUUCGGUUCUUAAAGUCCGUAGCAUCUGAGAGCGGAAGGGAUGGUAGAGACCCCUAGUCAAUUCCUAUUUGAUGAACAGACUGAGACCUGGAGAUGUUAAAUAGCUCAUUCAAGAUCAGGCAGCUCCUCACUGGCUCCUGACUCUGACUCGAGAGCUUUU